UGUUCUGCCCAAGUUGAGAGAGAGAGGGAAAGAGAGAUGCGCGCAGCCCGCUGACUUCUCGCUUCGUCUCUUCGAAUGCGCCGCGAUCGGCCGGUGCGGUGGGAGGAGAGUUUUUCUCUUCUUCUUCUUCUUUUUUUCUUCCCACCGCUGACGCCAUCCUGACAUCAUUUGAGCCCUAAAAGCGGCGCUGUGAGGCGCGCCGCCGCUCAGGUCGGGCGGAGUCCCGCACGUUCCCGCGCUUCCCAGCACGUUGCUCCUCCGCGCACGAGCGGAGCGCCCUGCCGCCGGUGAUGGGAGCGCGCGCGAGGAGGACGCGCUGAGCCGCACGCGGGACGAGCCGCGAGGAGCAGCGCGCGGCUGGACAGCGAGCGAGUCAGCGGCGGUGUCCCUGACUGGACGGAAGAGCAAGAGGAGCGGCGUGCGAGCGCAAACGCCGCGGAGUCACUCAGCGUGUGCGUUAGUAGUGCGGAGGCUCUGCUGCAGCCCGCGGGACAACAGGUGGACAUCAUCAUCGCGGAGCGUCACGCGCACCGUGGACAAGAGAGACAGCAGCAGCCCCUGAACCCACCCCCCGCUGGACACAAGCAACUCUGCGGUGUCCGGAACGUCACUUCGCAGCCGAAGCACCCGCAGCGUAGUUACGCGCGGACACCGGGCGUGCGUCUCGCCUCUCGACGAGAGUCUCGUUCAGCUUCCGAGACAUAGGCUAUAAUACAUUACGCGCAGACGAAGUGUUGAAGUUGGGCGCGUGACACGGCGAUCUGCGAAUGAUCCGCGCGGAGCGCUGCGUGUGGGGAACUCUGGUGAACCCAAGCGAGCUCUCAUGAAGUUGCUGAGCAUCUCCCUCGUGGUGCGUAGCGGUGGCGCGUGUUCAACACAGAUCUGAGGAGCAUCGUUCUUGUGUUUCUCACACGGUCUCCUCAUGGCCGCCGUACCAGACGGAGCCUGCGGAAUGGGCUCGGAGCAUGGCAUCAGGAACGCCAGCGUUGGAGGAGCCAGCAGUGCCACUCCCCACUGCAACCAGAGCCUCCCCCCCUACUCUCCCGAGGCCACUGCUGCCUUCGCCACAGCCAUCACGUUGAUGGCUCUCUUCACGAUUGUGGGCAACAUCCUGGUAAUCAUCGCUGUGCUCACCAGCCGCUCGCUGCGAGGACCUCAGAAUCUUUUCCUGGUGUCCCUGGCGGCGGCAGACAUCCUGGUGGCCACACUCAUCAUCCCCUUCUCCUUGGCCAAUGAGCUCAUGGGCUACUGGUACUUUCGAUCGGUGUGGUGUGAGAUCUACCUGGCACUGGAUGUACUUUUCUGUACCUCCUCAAUUGUGCACUUGUGCGCCAUCAGCCUGGACCGCUACAUGUCCAUAUCCCGCGCCGUCACGUACGGCUCCCAGCGCACACCUCGCCGAAUUAAGGCAGCCAUUCUGGUGGUGUGGCUCAUCUCUGCCAUCAUUUCUUUCCCACCACUGCUCUCCAUGAACAAAAGUAAGGGGGGCGCAGGUGGUAAAGACAUGCCGCAGUGCAUGCUCAAUAACGAGCGGUGGUACAUCCUGUACUCGACCAUUGGCUCCUUCUUUGCCCCCUGUCUUAUCAUGAUCUUGGUGUACAUCCGCAUUUAUCAGAUUGCUAAGCAACGUACCCGCUGCCCCCCAGGGGACCAAAAGAAAGAGUGUACAACUACCGCCACUCCUCAGAAAACUCGUUCCCGGACCCAACAGAAUGGAGGCAAUGAUGCCAGUCCCGCCACUCCACAGAAAAGCCAUACGAAAGCUAGGCCACCCAACCUUACUGUGCCACUCUCACCGUCCUCACUGCCAACCAAGAGAUCUGCCAGUCCCCAAAAUUUGCUGCAGCCCCCCUCGCCCUCUCCGGCCACCACCCCUACCACCCCUACCUCACCACCAGGCCGCAUCUCGUCACUGCUGCCCUGCCGCCCAUCCGCUAAUCCAGCAGAUACUAGAUCCAAAGGCGGUAGGAAAGCAAAGAGGAUAGGUAAGAGGCCGGUCAACAACAACGGCGAUAGUUCCAGCUCCGGAUCAGAAACUGAUCCGGGGCCUGGAGAGGGGGGCCAUGGGGUCCCUGCUGCAUCUCCAGGCCCUGGAAUCCAUUCUCCAGCCUCGGUACAAAAGUACAGGGACAUGAUUGCUACGUCGAAGGGGGCUGUGCUGGCAGGUCGCAGGGACAAGCCAGAAGGCACGCCAAACUCACGGCGCAAGGCCAUGGUGAACCGUGAGAAGAGAUUCACCUUCGUGCUGGCAGUAGUGAUUGGGGUGUUUGUGGUCUGCUGGUUCCCGUUCUUCUUCUCCUAUAUUCUGCAAGCCAUCUGUCCAGAAGUCUGCACUCUCCCAGAGCCCGUCUUCAAGUUCUUCUUCUGGAUCGGCUACUGCAACAGUUCCCUGAACCCAGUCAUCUACACUAUCUUCAACAAGGACUUUCGCAGGGCUUUCAAGAAGAUCCUCUGCAAGAACACCAAGGGCACGUUCUUCUAACAGGCGCGAACAUUGCGCUCGGUUGGCAAGUUAAGGAUGUUCGGAACAUUUAUAGGGACAGGUAUGUUCACCCAGUGAGAGCAUACUGCAAAUUUGAGUACGCAAUCAAAAAAAUCAAUAGGGCUACGUGGGGGAAAAAGCGACUGACGGACAUUUUAGAACAAGAUUUCGUUGACUGAUUGCGAAUUACAAGCUCUGCACGGGACAAAGAGGGAUGCCAAGGGUUGCGAAAUAGACAAGGAAGACCAGUGGGUUUCUUUUGAAGCACUGGAUGAAGUGAGACUUGCGCUUGCAUUGCUCUUGUUCCUCGCAUUUUCAAAAGACCAGCCCUCAGGGAUGUCCACAGCAUGGGUUCCUGCACACAUUUAAUACAAAUGAGAGAUGGUGGUAUUAGGUUUUGUUCUCCUUUUCUAGCGAUUGAAGCGUCUCCUCUUCUUAAAAACGUCACUUGACGAGGAGCAAAAGUCAUCUCCUUAACUCAUUUUUUUUGACUUGUGAGGAAACGUUCGAUCCCUCGGUUUGCAUGCUGCGUUUUAACGAUACAAAAUGCAGCCGACGACUUCGGGAGCCUGAAAUUAUACUUUAGCAGUGCGACAGCUAUGGAUCGUUCUUUUUUUAAUACGCUUGUGCGUCUGUACGUGUGUUUGCAUGGCACUGCCAGAUUUUAUCCAAUAUAGCCAACACAUCUUGGAUUGUGUCUCUGCUGUGGAACUGCAACAACUCCGAAAUGAACGAAAACAGCAUUAUGACCUCAAGAGGAGCCGGUUACACGUGAAGACGUUCGGAGGGUCUUAUGGUUGAGACCGUGUUCCCGACCCUGAAGAUUGCCUCCCGCACUCCCGAGGUCCUGAGAAACAAUCGCAUAAGUUAUAUGAUGUGUUUAUGUGGAUUUUGUCCCCUUUUCCCGGGAAUGACGUUAUUUGUGUGCUGUAGGGGAGAGGAGAUGUGCCUGCACUGACUGAAAGGCUCCGGCACUGUGCUUCACCAAAUAAAGGUAUCGGUUCUCUUUUGUGUUUCUCACGUACAGGACAGACUGUGAAUAUUAGACAGAUGCUUUCUUUGACUCGGAUGAUGGUAAUUCAUAGUAAAACUGGGACGCCUUCUCUGUGUGUGUGUGUUUGCUUGCCUGUUGGACAGCGACAAGUCUAACAGCACCCAAUCUAAUAGCACAAUAAGAAGUUGUGGGCUUAAAUAAACAUUGUAGACAGUCUCAAUGCCCUUACUGCUGUGUGUGUGUGUGAGAGAGAGAGAGAGAGAGAGAGAGAGAGAGAGAAACCCUAUCAUGAAUGGAGGUCUUCUUUUACAGCUCCAGCAAUGGUUCAGUAGAGCUGUGGGGGGGGCCGUCAAUCCGGAACGGUAGCAUAUGUGCUGACCCUGAGAAGUGUGUUGACUGUGAUGAUGAAUGUUUUGAGUUAUUUAUUGCUUUAGGUUUUAUGUCGCAGUUUAAGUCCGUCAACACUUCAGAUAUUUUCUAUGGUUUCCUUGAAGCGCGCACCUUUUUUUUUCAGCAAAGCAUCUAUCUGCCGUAAAAUAAAUAAAUGAGAGUCUAUAUGUAAAAAUACAUACCUUUUACGUAGCCACGUGUUUUCUGAAUUAAUUUAAAUUAUUGAAAUGUAAUGUUUGAAUAAUUUAAGGGGUAACUGAAAAAACUGAAAAACACAGCACAAAAGCACCGAAGGGCUGCCCGCAGUUUUCAUGUUAUUCUGACGUGUCCGUCUUUUUAUUUUAGUGACCUGUUUUAUGCUGCACUUGAGAAAGUCAGAAGUCGUUUUGCAGUUGCGCUCUUCUCGAAUGUACUGCGACAUGGUUGUGGAUUAUUAUUUUUCGCUUGGUUUUUUUCUCCAGGGUGCAACAUACCGGUGGUUUGUUCCCAUUGCUUGCAAAAUAAAGCAGUU